AUGGUAGCCACCAGCAGACCAAAUCCCACAAUGUUUGGAGCAGCAGCUCUUGCCAAGAAGGUUGAGGAAUCUGAAGAUUUUGACUGGAAUAAAUUAGAUGAACUCCUUAGUGGACUUACAGCAGAGGAGGUAGAAGAGCUCAAUGGAGAUUUCGAUCCAGAUAAUUCUCUAUUGCCGCCUUCACAAAGAUGUCGUGAUCAAACAACCAAGCUUCCGACUGGGCCUUUGAAUAGAAAAAAGCUGCUUGCUUUUCUGGAGAAGAAAGCAAAAGAAGAGAAAGACUGGGAAGAGCAAAAGCCUUACACAGGAGAGAAGAGAGGAAAGAUUUACGUCCCCAAAGAGCCUCCAAAGAUUGAAAGUGUUGUCGAGGAAGAAAUCCAAACAGAGUGGGAUGAUAUUUUAUCAAAAGCUACAGAAGAAGAAUUGGUGGACCUGGCUGCUGUUUUGGGCUUCCAUGGUAUGUUGAAUCAAGUGCAGUACAAUGCAUCCAUUGAAGACAAAGAGAUUAUUGGAGGUUUUAAAGGGGUGGCAAGACAUGAAGACUUGAAGAUUUUUGAAGAACAAGCACCUAAUACGACCGAUUAUGAAGCAAGCUUAAAAAAGUUACAAGAGAAUGACCCGAAGCUAAAACAUCUUAAUCUAAAUAACAUAAAGGGCAUUCCAAAAGAGAAAUUAAUCCAAAUUGUGGAAACACUGAAAACAAAUACACACUUAGAGAUUCUGGAAAUGGCCAGCGUAGAUGCAACAGAUUUUGUUGCUCGAGCUUUAGCUGAAGCAAUAAAAGAUAACAAGACUUUGGAAAUUUUAAAUAUUGAGUCGAAUUUCAUUGGUGGGGAAUCAAUUGUGGAAAUCCUUAGAGGCAUCAACAGUCACAAGGCUGUCAAAGAAUUUCGAGUUGACAAUCAGAAACCUUCGGUUCUUGGAAACCAAGUGGAAAUGGCGAUCACUAAACUCAUUGAAGAAAACGAUACAAUGCUUCGAUUUGGGAUUUGGUUUGAGUAUCCUGAUGCCCGUGUCAGAGUCCAGGAGAAAAUUCAAAAGAACAAUGAUCAGAUACGCCAAGCCCGCAAAUCUGGCCAGGAUGAUGCUGGUGCCACUUCUUGA